AUGGACUAUAGCGGACAGGUGAACUGCAUUUCAUCGUUUCCCUCCGUCCUGUGUCAAACGAAUGGCCAACGUGAAAGUCGCGAUUCGAGUUCGUCCCCUGAACUCCAGGGAGAGUCUGGAUGGAGGACGGGUAGCUGUACAGGUGGAGGACAAAGUGGUGAGGGUCCGAAAUGUGAAUUGGAGGGGCGUUCAGACGGGCGUUUGGAGGGUCUGGCUGACUCCAGGGAGAAACUGAUGGAGUUUGGCUUUGAUUACUGUUACUGGUCUGUGGAUCCAUCAGCCCCCAACUACGCAUCACAAGAGGAGGUGUUUCAGGAUCUGGGUGUGUGUGUUCUGUCUGGGGCUUCAGAGGGAUAUAACGUGUGUCUGUUUGCAUAUGGACAGACGGGCUCAGGGAAAACAUACACCAUGAUGGGGACUCCAGAUUCCAUGGGGCUGACUCCAAGGAUCUGUCAAGGGCUUUUUAGGUCUGGUGUUGAUGUUGCAGAUGGACAGAGCUGUAGAAUUGAAAUAAGUUUUUUAGAGAUCUAUAAUGAGCGUGUUCGUGAUCUACUGAGAGGUGUGGAACAGAAGAAACCAGCACCCCUGAGGGUUCGAGAACACCCAAAGAAAGGGCCAUAUGUGCAGGGUCUUUCUCAGCAUGUAGUGACCGAUUACAAACAGGCGGUGGAUCUGCUCGAGGAGGGCAUCGCUAACCGCAUCACAGCCGCUACACAUGUCCAUGACGCUAGCAGUCGAUCGCAUGCCAUCUUUACCAUUCAAUACAUACAGGCUAUUCUAGAAAAUAACCUACCUUCGGAAAUUGUGAGCAAGAUCAAUUUAGUGGAUCUGGCUGGCAGUGAGCCAGCAGACCCGCACUACUGCAGAGACAGAAUAACAGAGGGAGCCAACAUCAACAAAUCUCUCGUCAUCCUUGGCAUCGUCAUCUCUGCUCUUGCCCAGAACUGUCAGAUGUUCAGCAGCAGUCAGAGCAUUAACAGUGUGCCCAGUGAGGGUGAAGGGAGCACAGUAGGCAGCCAGUCCAGCUCUCUGUCAGGCAGCGGACGCAGACAUUGCUUCAUCCCUUACAGAGACUCCAUCCUCACCUGGCUCCUCAAAGACAGUCUGGGCGGCAACUCCAAGACUAUCAUGAUUGCAACUGUCUCACCAUCCAGCAGCAGCUACAGUGAGACUCUGAGCACCCUCCGCUAUGCAGCUCAAGCCAGGAACAUUGUCAACAAGCCAAGAGUCAAUGAGGACGCCAAUGUAAGGCUGAUCAGAGAACUGCACGAGGAAAUCGAUUGUCUGAAGAGCAUGCUGCUCAGCUUCGAAAUGCAGAGGAACCCCAGUCCAUCGCUCAAUGAUGCGAGAGAAGGCAGCCUGUCUGAUAUAGUCCUACAGAAGGAACUGAAGGUGGAGCAGCUGACUAAAGACUGGUCUGACAGUUGGUAUGAUAUGCGAUCCCUACUAGAACACUACAGUGUGGACAUAAAUCAGGACAGAGCUGGAGUCCUUAUCCACUCCUUCCUGCCUCACCUCAUCGCUCUGGAGCCAGACGUCCUCAGCACAGGGGUCACCAUAUACCGUCUUCAGGAAGGGGUGACAAGAAUCGGGCCUCAGGAUGAGAAUUUGGAAGAGCCCCACAUAGUUCUGCCUGAUGGUUCGGCAUGCGAGAUUGAGAAUCAGAGUGGUGUGGUGACUCUGAAGCCUGUCCCGGGGAAUAUCUGCAUGGUCAGUGAGAGAGAGGUCACUGCACCCUGCAGACUCGCACAAGGUGCAGUGAUAACUUUAGGAGGAGUUCAUAAGUUCAGGUUUAAUCACCCUGCAGAAGCAGCAGCUCUGAGGGAGAGGAGACGGACCAGUGAAGGAGGUCUGAUCUUCAACUCUACAUACCUCAACCUGCUCAGUUCAGACUCCAGGGUUGCAGGAGCAGGUUGUCAUGAGGACGGCAAUGGACCAGCUCCUAGACUGCGACUAACGGAGCAGCAACGGUACGUAGAGUGUUUACAAGACGAGAUUCCGCUGGAGCAGAGACGAGCGGAGAGAGAUCUGGAGAGUGAGCAGGCCUGUCUCAAACAGCAACACUCUGAGAUCCAGCAGUGGAUCUUGCAAGAAAAGCAACGCCUUGCAGCCCACAGGGAGAAGGGAACACUGGAGUCAGGGGUUCAGACAGAUCCCAUUAUUCCUAUUCCAAAUGGUUCAAGUCGGAUGAAUGUGGAGGAAGACAGUGCUGAAACUGUCCCACCAUCACUCUUGAUGGGUGACAGGAAAAGAGUGGUGCAGGAGGAGCUGCUUAAACACGCCUUGCUCAGAGCCAAAAACCAUGUGCGACGAAAAAGAUUACGUUACCAACUAGAGAAGAUUGCAAGAAAGCGCCACCUGUUGGAGGCAAAGCGAGAACUGCAGAGGCUGGAAAAUGAGCUUCUACAAGGGGGUGAUGAAACCUCAUCUCCAGAGCUGGGGUACACCUCAAAGUCCAGAGGUCCACUGACCUUGCGAAGACAUUCCUUCUCUGCUGAUCUUCUGUUCCAGUUGUACCCCGAGCACACUCCUACUUUCAGCCAGUUCCUUAAAAGGAAUAGAUCUUCUGAGUUUACAGCAUCUCUAGCUGGCUUGGCUUGCCCCACUAAAUGGGUAUCUGAUGAAUGUCUCCAAGAUCAAAAGUUAAGAAGGCGUUCAAACACAAUGCCCUCAAGAUAUGACCAAGGAUCUUCAAAUUGGGCUUCAAGUUUUUCAGAGAGCCUCAAAAGUUCUCUAAAAGAAGCAAGAUUAGCUGGAGUGACUGAAACACAAGCUGUACUGUCAAAAUCACUAGUCAAGAAAAACACAAGUGACCAAGACAAGCCUUGUCUGAAUUCAAACACCAAAGCCACUAGAAAAGUAUUACCAUUAAUAAAACAAUUAAGCACACAGAGAGGUUCAGUAAAGGGAACAAAAAGUCUCUCUCAGGGUGGAAGCAAAUGUUUGGAGACCAUCCGCAAGGUUUUUUCCCACUCAGUUCGCCCAGGGAUCAGGACUGCCUUGGCCAAGUUUUUCCACAAGCCACCAUCAGGGUCCCAUGGAGGCAGAGGUGCAAAAUCUUUGCGCAACAGAAGUCAGUUUAAUGAGGAAUCAGGCAAAAACCAAACUGUGAAGAAACUGAGAAAUUGCUCUAUAAAAAUGACAAUGUCCUAUGAAAGUUUGGAGCCGCUUAGCACACUGGUGUCUAAGCAGAGUCACUGGUAUAAUGCAGAAACUCAGAGUACCACCAAGCGAAGGACUGGAGUGCAAAAAGAAACUACCAGAUGGGUUGAACAGAGCAGUGUAGAGGAUCUCAAUGGAUCCUCAGAUUGUGACAGUACCUUCUCAUUGGAUUCCCUUUCAUGUGCUUAUGCCACAGCUCGGGCUGAGCAGCUUCAGCUGGAGCAAGGUGAUUCCUGCAAAACUGAGAUUGAAGACUGUCAGAUGUCUCAGGAUUCUCUUGUUACGGAGAGCAGUGGAAAGCAUGUUACUGCCAGACGAGUGCUGAAGCUUCAACAUAAUCCUAACCACCUAACCUUUGGUAAAUUACCAGCCUCUUGUAGCUCUCACUCAAUUAGGAAUAAAGAGGAGAUGAACAUAUCCAGAGAAGUACCUGCAGAGGUUUUCUGGAGCCUAUAUGGAAGUCCAAAGAUGAAAAAGGAGAAUGACAAAUGUAUGGCUAGAGAACCUCCACACAUCUCGCAUCUAGUGUCUGAAUGUAGACCCGGUAGUGUUGCUAGCAUCGGAGAGACAGAGAAUAUACUUGCUCUAACUGAUGCUUGGUCAUCCACUGAUGCUGUAGACAGCCCCAGAUUCAAACAAGAUCUACACACAACAAUAGAGAGCAGUAGCUGCCAAAGCUCUGCAAGUGUGGAACUCUCAGACAACAUGAACAUGUCAGAAGAGCUCACCACACCUCGUUCUGACUCCACUCGGAGUGCAAAUGCAACACUUGAAGAACAAAAUGACACAUCGUUUGAGAACACCCUAUUGUUAGAAAGCUAUGAGAGUGAUCCUAGUUUUGCCACGGUGCAAAAAAGUAUUGAGAUGUUGAAGGACUGUAAGGAGCUGACUACCAGUGCAGAACCAUGCACAACUCACACAGUCUGUGAUUAUACAGACACCAAUCCAGAUGGAGUAGUAUACACAAAUAAACCAACCACUGAAUCUGACCAACUGAAACCCACAGUGACUGAAGAACUGAUGAUCGACUCUUGUUCCAAAGAUAGUGACAUCUCCACAGACAUGAGUACUUUGCAGUGCUUCCCAGUUAGCACUAUUAGGAAAGAUUCACAUAUUAAAGAGGAAAACCCAUCAUCUUACCCAGUGUACCCCGAGCAUUCUUCUUUGAAGUCAAACUUAAAUCUAGGAACUGGUUGUCAGGUAUAAGCAUGCCACAGUGCAGGAGAUCCUGAAGUCAAAAGAUCCAAAGAUGGACAGGGAUUAGUAUGUGAAAUUCAUUGCAGGAUGGAGCAUCCCAGUAUCAAUGGAGAACAAAUUAUUGCAAACCAUUACAAUGGCAAAUCCUUCA